UGUAACCCAGCUAUUUUCAUUUCCAUAGCCAACCUUGAGAAGCUACCAAAAUCCUCGGCCAAAUCUUUGGCGUGGCACUACAUAUAGUAGCGCACCCACACGGUCACGGAUACACCUCACUGGUCCUGUCCAUCUCCUCUCCGAUGAGACUGGCCCUUGCUUUUAAUCUGCUCCACUAGAGAGAGAUGCCGACGGUAGCCAUCACGCUGGACCUGUCAUGUGGCCGCUGCAGAAGCAAGAUCGAGAAGAUCCUCUGCAGCAUUCAAGAGCGUGGCAAGUUCGUCUUCGAUAAGGUGGUGUACGAGAAGGACAAGGUUCUCAUCACCGGGUCCUUCGACGCCAUCGAGCUCUGCUGCAAGCUCCGCUGCAAGGCCGGCUGUUUCGUGAUAAAGAUCGACAUCGUGGAGGAGAAAAAGCCUCCUCCUCCUCCUCCCGAGUGUCCAAAGGUUCCCAAGUGCUGCGAAAAGGAUCCCAAGAAGUGCUGCAAAAAGGAUCCCAAGUGCUGCAAAGAAGAAGAACCCAAGUGCAAACCGGAUCCCAAGUGCUGCAAAGAAGAAGAACCCAAGUGCAAGCCCGUUGUUGAUUCGCCCAAGCCCGUCGUUGAUCCCAAGAAGCCCGAUCCUAUCACAUGCAACAAGAUGAUCCCUUUCUUCCCAUAUCCGUACCCAUGCCCUUACCCGUACCCGCAGCCGGCGUGCCCGCCGCCCAGCUGCCCUACGCCGCCGCGCCCCUGUGAGUGCCACAUCUGCAAGCCGCCGCCGCCGCCGCCGCCGCCGCCGCCAUGUCCCAAGCCUCCACCGGUGUGUCCGCCACCUCCACCGUGUCCGCUCCCACCGGUAUGUCAUCCCCAACCUCCAUGUCCGCGGCCGCCGUGCCCGUGCCCGCCAUGGACGCCGUGCCAGUGCCACUACCACUACCGGGACUACUGCUGCGAGGGGAGCGCACACGACGGCGGCUCCUGCGCUCUCAUGUAACCGCUGCCAACUGCUAUACUCCGCUGCUGGCUGGCGAGAGAGCGGCUUUUGCUUGCUGCAAGCUGACGAAAAAGCUUGCCUACGUACCCACGUGUGAAGCAAGUGUCCCUUCAAUUCAUAAGGCCGGCGGUGAAUGUGUCCAAUUUGUUGCUACAGUGUACUUGUUAUGUGUACUCAUGUGAGGCAGUACUGAGAUGAUUGUAUAUCUACCUGAACAGGAAUAAGUCAAGCUUUUGUCAUUAGGUUCUGCUGAGUCCUUAUGUAAGUACCUGAACAUGAAUCCAAGUGUGUUAUUGGUUUUCA